UAACAAAUGCCGCUCCCGACAACUCUCAUUCACUCCAACAACAAAUAACUUCUAUUCAACGUCGGUGUUAUCAGCCAAAGUCGCUAAAAAAUUGUUUAAAAAAAGAACCGUUCUUGUCAGUGUACGUCUAGACAUUAUUCAAGUAUAUGUGUUCUCACGACCAGUUUUCAUUCUCUGAAAAUUUUUUCCAUCUGUCUUGCGUCACACACUAAAGCCUCUUCAUUUGUCAAUCAAUAUCAAUUGGAAGAUGAUCGGAAUAUCUGGAUUCGUUGCAUUUCUUCAGAGAGACUCCAUAUCACCGAAUCACCUGAAGAGUCUGGUAGUAGUUUUCGGAAUAGCCAGCAUUGGAGUGGCAUCAUACUUUUAUCGCAAAUGGCUGGCUAACAGACCACCGAAAUCAUGGCGGUUGGUAGGUGAAAUAGGAGAGAUAUUUUGUUAUCCGAUAAAGUCUUGUGCACCGAUGCGAAUAACGAAUAACAUUGAAUGCACCAAGCUAGGCCUUCAAAAUGGUGUCUUGAGAGAAAGAGUAUUUGUUAUCGUCACUAAAAGCUAUACAACACUGUCAGCCCAACCGAAACUGCUCCUCAUUCAACCGAAUAUCACCGGCGAAACUUUAAUAUUAUCAGCACCUUCGAUGCCCGAUUUUCAUUUGAAUAUCUCCCAGUUAUAUCAAACCGAACAGGCAAUUACGCACGCCCAGCAUCCCAGUGGAACCAUUGACUGUGGAGCAGAAGUAGCGGUGUGGCUCUCGAAAUUUAUAAGCGGAAAUGAGGAAGGCAAUCGACUAGUCUUUUAUCCAGACAACGACUCAAUUCGGAACGACAGAAACGAACGGUUGAAACUCGAAUCGACUGGACUCGUUCAAUUGCCGAACGAAUUUCAAGGUUUCAUGAUGCUCAAUGCAGAGUCCGUUAACGAUCUGAACACACGUAUCGAAGAGCCCGUCGUACCGUUAAUAUUUCGACCGAAUUUCGUGGUCAACGGUGCGUCGGCCUACGAUGAAGACAAUUGGAAAUGGGUUCGCAUUGGCGAUAAUCUUACUUUCAAAUAUACAGGACCUUGUUUGAGAUGCUAUGUUGUUACAAUGGAUCCGACAAAGGGAGUACUGAACAAGGGACAAGAACCGCUGAAAACGCUGAAAUCAUAUCGAUGCGUUGACACAUGCAAAUCACCCGUAAUGGGAAUGUAUUUACUGUUAAUGUCGAACGGUGGCAGUGUCAGAAGUGGCGAUGCCGUUUACGUGGGAUGUGAUGAAUAAUUUGAUCUUUCAAUUUUUCAAUUUUUUCUUUUGUAUUUGUAACAAAUAUCAAUGCUAUCGUUUAGGUAAUACGUAAAUAAAGUCGCAAUAAAAA